AUGACGCCCACAACAGCAUCCCAGAAGGCGCGGCAGAAGCCGCGACUCCUCAGCGAAAGCGAGCUCCGGCGCUUCGAGGACUGCGCCAACGAGAACGAGACCCUCGCGGACUGCUGGGCGAGCGACCAGAUCGUCAUCGUGGCCUGCGAAAGGUCGGACAGUUACCGAUACCUAGGCGAAUGGAGCUCCAGACCGAUGGAAUUGCACGUCAUGUCGCCCGCGGACAAGCUCUUGCGGCGAUCGCGCCGCCUGGAUGACCAACGGCAGGACCCGUCCAAGAGUUGCUACAAAAUCAGGACGAUCUGUAUGCUCGAGAAGUCAAAGGUGCACAUCGACUGCCAGCCGCGGCCGUGGACGUGGUAUAGUGCCACUACUGCACACGAGACGAUUCAGCUGUAUGACGAAGAGGCGCAGGCCAAGGCGCAGGAGACGUUGGACGCCCUGGGCGGCGGAGCGUACGCGACGAUUUGCGUCGUGAGCUACGAUUUGCGCGAGACCAUGGCCGCGCUGGCGUUGUUCGGCGUCAAGCUGCCCUCUUGCAAGCUGGUCUUUGUGGACCUGGUCAAGGUGUUGGAGCAUCAGAUGAGGGAAGAGGGAAGUAUUCCGGAGCCGCUGAGGAAGUAUACGGAUGCCAACAUUGUGAUGAGGAACGGGAGGCUUGAUAGGCGACCAGGGCCGCCGACGGGGAAUCUCGGGAUGCCGAGUUUGAAGCUUGUGGAGGUGGUCGGCCCUGCUGCUGAGAGCCAUCGGGAGGAUUUCAAGAGGCUUGAAAAGGAGGAUAUGGCGUUGAAGAGGAUUGCCAGUAGGAUUCGAAACGGGUAA